CCCAUGCACAAAGCAGAUAAAUAAUUGUUAGAAAUUCGAUAAAAAAAACCAAUUUCUUUGGAAAAAUGAUUAUAGUUUUCGGCAUCAAGAAUAUUAAGAAAAUGCCUAUAAAUAUCAUGAGUAUGCCUAAAUUUACAUUAGUUCCUCUUAAGAUUUUUAAGAAGUUAGACACCUAACCCAGUCAAAAUGGAUUUUGAAACCGCCGCCCAAAAAGCCAAAUCCUUUACCAAGACUCCUCCAAAUGAUGUCUUUUUGGAAUUCUAUGGCCUCUUCAAGCAAGCCACCGUUGGUGACGUGACUGACGCUAAGCCCGGCGCCAUUGAUGUUAAAGGAUCAGCCAAAUGGAAUGCCUGGAAUUCCAACAAGGGCAUGAGCAAAGACGCUGCCAAAGCUGCCUACAUUGCCACCUAUGAAAAGUAUGCCCCCCAAUAUGCAUAGGAAGAACUGCAUAUCCUA